AUGCUACGCCCGCCUUCAUUGAGCGCCGUGUGCUCUCAAGUGACCAACUACAGAUGUAGCACCCGCAUGCAGUGCCUGCAGGUGGACUCGGUCCAGCGAUGGAUGGAGGACUUGCGCCACAUGACGGAGGUGGAGUGCAUGUGUGUGCUCCAAGCCAAGCCCAUUGAGGUGGACGACGACACCCAGCAGGCUGAGCUGAUCGUGGGCGGUGGGGCUGGCGCAGGGGACCACGUUGCCCGCAACAACCUUCAGACGCUCCUUCGCCGGGCCCUGGUGGUCAGCACGGAGCUGGGCAAGAUGUUCCAGCGGCUGGAGAAGGGACGCUGGCAGAGGGUCCACAGCACAGCGGUGCGGGCAAACUGCCACGUGCGCUCCUUGGUGCACGAGUACAGUGCAGCACGAAGCACGCCACCUGAGAUGCAGAAGUAUGAGACGUCUCUUCUGGAGAAGUGCAUGGAGCUGACUAACAUCACAGAGAGGUGCCUUCACACCGAGGACGAGUUCUUCUUGAAGUCCAUGAGGGAUGCCAUUCAUGAGAUCCUGACUGAUGUCAGUGAUUCAUUCAGCAACAUGAUUGACAUGGCCUUAGCCAAUGAGAUCCAGGUUCUGAUCAAACAAAUUGAGUCUUCAGACAACGUUCACACCAUCGGCAGUGCCAUCAGUAACCUGCUGUCCCUCACUCAGGACGGACCACAGCUCUGCAGCAUCAUCGCAAAGGAAGGAGCGGUGGUGUCGCUGUUCAAGAUCUGCAGACAGGAUCGCUUCAAGGGCCUCUACGCUCAUGCUCUGAGGACAGUGGCCUCCAUUUGCUGCGUGGAGGAAGGCAUCAAGCAGCUGGACAAGGUGGACGGCAUUCUGUGCCUGGCAGACAUUUUGACAGACGACAGCAGUGUGGAGGCGGCGCGGGCCGAGGCGGCGGCAGUGGUGGCUCAGAUCACCUCACCUCACCACACAUCCACGCAGCAUCUGGCCAGCUUCUUGGAGAGCAUGCACGACAUCGUCACUGCACUCAUUAACUUGUGCGAGAGCGCCUCCUGUGGCGAAGUCUUCCUCCUGGCAUCAGCAGCCUUGGCCAACAUCACGUUCUUUGACAGCAUGGCCUGUGAGAUCCUCCUGCAGCUCAAUGCCAUCCACAUCCUUCUGCAGGCCUGCAAGGACCGCCAGAGAGUGGACACGCCCUACUCCAAGGACCAGGUGGUGACAAUCUUAGCCAACCUGUCUGUCUUGGAGCAGUGUGCUUCUGAAGUCCUGCAGGAGCAAGGCAUCGAGCGUCUUCUUCUGCUGCUGGGAGAGAAGCCGUCCUCCUCCAGCCCGUCUGAGGGCGCCGCCUGCGAGCGUGUCCAGCAGAAGGCCGCCGUCACGCUGGCACGUCUGAGCAGAGACAAUGACGUGGCCAUGACGGCGAUCCAGCUGAAAGCCGUCCCUCGUCUCAUUGACCUGUGUCGCUCCCCCACUGAGAGGAAUAACAGCGACUCCGUUUUGGUCGCUUGCCUGGCGGCCUUGAGGAGGCUGGCAGCAGGGUGUCCAGACAGCAUCGAGGCGUCCGACCAUCAGCAGCUGAUCAAACCGCGGCUGGUGGACUCCUUCCUGCUGUGCUCCAACAUGGAGGAGAGCUUUGUGUGAAGUGACGGACGCUAAAGUGUGACAGCGUGACGACUAAUGAGCUGCUGAGCGUCAACGUGUCUUUGACUGGACCUGGACCACCACGACCACUGACAUUAUUACAACGGAAGACAUGUACAGUGUGUAUGUACAGUGGGGAAAGUAAGUAUUUGAGCCCCUGCUGAUUUUGUAAGUUGACCCCCUUACAAAGAUACGAACAGAACAUCAUUUGUAUGUUUUCUUUUAACACAGAGAGAUGCUAUAUACUUUUGUAUUUGAUUGAGUGAAAUAAGUAUUUGAUCCCAAAGCAAAUGAUGACUUACCAAUAUAUUGCACCAAUAGUGGUCUUUUUAUCACCAAGCUUCCAGUCCUGUGCAGAUUUACAGUGUUGUACCUGAGUUCCUUUGAGAGCUUUAUGCACGUGCCCGUGGUGGCAGAGAGAGUUUCGGUGACAGCUGUCUUUUAUCCACAUAAUGAGUUGAGAUUAAGACUAAUUUGUGUACCGGUCUGUGUGGGUCACAAUGCCUGCUUGUUGAUAUGGGAUCAAAUAAUUAUUCCCCUCAAUCUAUUACAGAUUAAUUGAGUGUAUGGUGCCCCAACAUUCUCCCAGGGGCGAUAGAUUUUUUUUAAGAACAUGUGUCUUAUUGUAUUUUCAAGGUAGAUGAGGCCAAAGAUCAGAUAAAUAUCCUCACACAGGCUCCAUCUCAAAGCAAGAACCCUGUUGAUUUUGAAGCGCAUACAGCACUAGAUGGCCAAGCUGGCUGAGGUCAACUCAGUACUUUCUCUGCUAAUCACAUCUAUCAAUCAACUUUUUUCUUAUCAAACUUUCAAGAAUGCAACAGGUUUAAAAUCUUCUCCAAGACAAAAAAGGUAUAUCAUAUUUAUUUUAUUGCUCAGAUAUCAACUAAAUCAUUAAGUACAACAGGACUCAGAUGACCGCAACAUGAGUUAUUCUGCAGCUUGGGUUUCCUACGACAUGUAGACGUUGUUAUUAUUCCUAGUGAACAUAUUUCAUCUUGUUUUUUGUUAU